CGGACAUCCAGAGACCCUCCGGACUUCCAUGGAGAGUGAUACGGGACCCCAAGUCUACAACUUCACAGCUAUCCACCAGUUUUUGGACCUGUCCUGGCCUCCGAGACUUUCACACUCUAUAAUUGUGGGAUAUAAGUCCUGACUAUUCUCCGGAUACGUCACUGCUUCACAACAGUCCCAAAUUGACCACCUCACCACCAUGAGCUUCCUCUCGCGCCUGGUCACACUAUUCGGCCUAGUUCUGCUGGCCCACGCAGGAUACUCCGCCCACGAACACACCGUGCUCUUCAGCAACGCGCGCCUCUCCUCCUCCACCGCCAUCCCGCAAGAUAUCAUUGCCGAAGUCUUGGUUGCCGUCGUCAUUGUCUCCGUUGGACUGGUUCUGAGUGCGGAGAAGUUGAAGCCGAUCAGCUGGCGCGACUGGGCGGGCGAGAUUGAGCGGGAGGGCGGUGCUCGUAACCCGUACCUGAGCUUGGAGGAACGCCAUGGGUUCUGGGAUAUCCGGGCUAAGCGCAAGGAAUUUGCGGACUGGAUUCGGGAAAAGGAUGUGGUGAACAAGCAGUGAUCAUGGGGAAAGAGGUGUCAUAAUGCUGUGGAUUUCCAGUAGCGUCGCAUUUGUGUAUCAUAGACAUUACUAGUUCUGCGAGGGAGCCUCAAUCGAUACUUUCCGCGUUGGGAGCUGUCGUUGCUGAUCAGUAUAUAUGGCAAUUAUUUAUCCUCGUCCGUUUUGACCGUUUUGAUGGUUAUGUCCCAUGAUCAAUGGCGUUAUCGAUGCAGGUUCGCUGGAAUAUACGGUGUAUACCCC